AUGGCCUCACAAGGGGACCAAUCGAUGGAACUGGGGUAUGUCGUAUAUGACAUCUCAUGCGUCCCGAUGGUGUAUGUACGGGUGUCGAUCGUCAUCUCUCCAUCUGCUGGGAAAGCGAAGCACGACGGUGAAGAAUCACAGAGGAUAAAGUCCAUCAAGCUUCAACUGUAUGACACGCACACGGCCGUGGCCUGGCAGAUACAAGACAUCACCAGUCAGAUGAAAUGUGUGAACGCCGGGCAGAGGCCCCCAAAGCUGCAGCAGGCAGAGACGAGCGGAUGGGGUCUUUUGCAGAUGCUGGGGGCGAUUAUGAUCAGUGGGCGCAUGAGGCUCUCCAGUACAUAUCCGGCUGUCAGCCUACGAGCACUGCGUAACAGAAUGCUUUUCACACGAUAG